AUGAUGUUUUGUCAGAGGAUUUUCUAUCCAUUUGGCUCGGCGGUUGGAGAUGUUCAAACUCUUGUUAAUUAUGGUGGUGAAGACUCCGCUUCAGUUAACCUAGCCAGACCAUUUGUGUUUUUUGGCCGCACAUACAAUCUUAUAUAUGUAAACUAUAAUGGACUCCUUUCAUUCAACCAACCGAUAAUAGAAGAUCCUUACACUUUUCCAUAUAAUGGAAGUCAAGACGUAAUUGCUCCUCUCUGGGCUGACUUUGAUGACUAUGGAAUUAUUGCGUUCUACUAUCAGCAGUACACAUCUGGAAAUGUCCUCACACGAGCCACAGAAGAUAUUAGACGCUAUUACCCUGGUCUGAGCUUCAACGCCACUUGGGUCUUUGUAGCAACUUGGGACUAUGUUGAAACUACAGAUUUAAACACAUUUUUACAGCAUUCAGCCCCAUCAGUCUCGUUUCAAGCAGUUUUAAUUUCGGAUGGUGUCUCCUCCUUUACUCUGAUGAACUAUGGCAACAUGAGUGUGAUCAAUUAUCCAGUGGAGGCUGGAUAUGACACAAUAGGCUCCACACAUUACUUUGUCAUUCCUGGGUCAAACAAUGGCAACCUCAUCCCAAACCUCAAGUAUUCAAGUAAUGUAAACACUCCAGGCCGUUGGGCUUUCUCUACAAAUCAAGCAUCAGGGAUUUUCUAUCCAUUUGGCUCGGCGGUUGGAGACGUUCGAACUCUUGUUAAUUAUGGUGGUGAAGACUUCGCUGCAGUUAACCUAGCCAGACCAUUUGUGUUUUUUGGCCGCACAUACAAUCUUAUAUAUGUCAACUAUAAUGGACUCCUUUCAUUCAACCAACCUCUCCAAGAAGAUCCUUACACUUUUCCAUCUUUUGGAAGUCCUUAUGGAAAUCAAGACGUAAUUGCUCCUCUCUGGGCUGACUUUGAUGACUAUGGAAUUAUUGCGUUUUACUAUCAGCAGUACACAUCUGGAAAUGUCCUCACACGAGCCACAGAAGAUAUCAAACGCUAUUACCCUGGUCUGAGCUUCAACGCUACUUGGGUCUUUGUAGCAACUUGGGACUAUGUUCAAACUACAGAUUUAAACACAUUUCUACAGCAUUCAGCCCCAUCAAUCUCGUUUCAAGCAGUUUUAAUUUCGGAUGGUGUCUCCUCCUUUACUCUGAUGAACUAUGGUAACAUGAGUGUGAUCAAUUAUCCAGUGGAGGCUGGAUAUGACACAAUUGGCUCUACACAUUACUUUGUCAUUCCUGGGUCAAACAAUGGAAACCUCAUCCCAAACCUUAAGUCCUCAAGUAAUGUAAACACUCCAGGCCGUUGGGCUUUCUGUACCAAUGAAGGGAUUUUCUAUCCAUUUGGCACGGCGGUCGGAGACAAUCGAACUCUUGUUAAUUAUGGUGGUGAAGACUCCGCUUCAGUUAACCUAACCAAACCAUUUGUAUAUUUUGGCCGCACAUACAACCUUAUAUAUGUCAACUAUAAUGGACUCCUUUCAUUCAACCAACCGAUAAUAGAAGAUCCUUACACUUUUCCAUCUUUUGGAAAUCAAGAUGUAAUUGCUCCUCUCUGGGCUGACUUUGAUGACUAUGGAAUUAUUGCGUUCUACUAUCAGCAGUACACAUCUGGAAAUGUCCUCACACGAGCUACAGAAGAUAUCAGACGCUAUUACCCUGGUGUGAGCUUCAACGCUACUUGGGUCUUUGUAGCAACUUGGGACUAUGUUGAAACUUGGGAUUUAAACACAUUUUUACAUCAUUCAGCUUCGGUAAGUUUGUUUUUGUAA